AUGCACGAUGAAGCUUGCCUCGCAGCCCUCGAAUUCUGGCUCCGACUUCAAUCGCCGGCAGAACUUCAUCUCCCCGACAAGAGACAUUUGCGUCGUCUCAUUGAAUACCGGUGCCUUGUUUCAGCGUCUUGGAGCCCUCCGAGAAUCAUCUGUGGUGGAACCGACGAGAUUAUCCCUGGAGUCCGUUGUGGCUCAUGCCAUGCAUGGUGGGCAGUAUGUGACCAGUAUUCUUCCCGGGUUCCCGAGUCAUUUUCCCCAGCCGACACACACGAGCUUCUCCUAGAGGAAGGUGUCAACGAGUAUUGGAUGUUCUCGAAGGACAAUAGAAGAGCGCCCCAGGCGCUCUUCACCGGGGACGACCCCACGAAUGGUUUAGACGGCCUCCUGACUUGCCACCUACCGGGUCUCUGGGACGUUGGAAGUGGAUGUUGCGGGCCGUAG